UCUUUCCCGAUAAGGACUGCAGUGCACAAUAUUAGAUUCAUUGUUGAAUUAUGACAAGUGCGCACAUUUUGAUAUCAGCUUGUCAACUGUCGGAUCUCUGGAAAAAUAACGACUGUCAAGAAAGGAGGUGAAUGGAACGAAGAGUUUUUCUAGAAAGCAAAUGUGUGGAUAGAAAGGGUAUUAGAGAGUUUUCGCGGCAAUACGCAGCCGCUUUCUGGAAAGUUGAGAUAUUGUCAAAAGCCCUUCAAUGACAAAAACAGCCUUUCUCGAAAAUCAGUGAAUCAAAACAGCAGCGUCGUCUUAGACUCUGGACAAACAACAUACAUGUAUUUGCAAUAUUCGUAUUGUCCCGGUCCACCAGCUUCGACAAAAACCUCUCGGCUGUCAAUUGUAAUUUGGCUUGCAUUUUCAAAGGAAUUGGUUAGUUGUAGAAAGCGUUUGGGUAGUGCUUGCGAAAAUGCCCUAUUAUUGAGGGAGAGCGUGGUCAGCAGACAAUAGCCCCACAUGGAAUGAGAACAGAUGCGUACCAUAUAGAGCGGAAAGACAAAUUCACUGAGGGGCAGUGAGAGAACAGAAAACCGCAAAUAAUCAUAGGUCUAUGAAAAAUAUACUCUGAUCAUGAUGAUCAUGGACGUUGGUUCAAUAAGUACCGAAUCAAUCGGAUUGACCAAUGAUGGCUAUGGCUAUGGCAGUAUGGUGAUCUCUAUCUGCCUGUGCAUCGUCGUCGUCGUUCUCGUAAAGAAUACAAGGAGACCAAGCCGAUUUCCUCCUGGACCUCCUGGUAUGCCAAUCAUCGGAAAUGUGCUCGAUUUGACAGCAAGCAGCGAAGUUCUAUUCGACAAAUGGUCCAAAAUAUAUGGCGACAUCUUUAGUUUUCGGGUCGGGGAACGAUGGGUCGUUGUUCUAAAUCAUCAGGAGGUCAUCAAAGAAGCAAUGCUGAAGUAUGGCGUCGAAUUUAGCGGAAGACCUCAGAUUUAUUCAGCGGAAAUUGCUUCUGAUGGGUUCAAAGACAUUGUCUUCAGCAAUUUCUCAGAAACUUGGAAACUACACCGAAAAUUGGCCCAUUCAGCUAUCAGACAAUUUGCUACAGGACGGAAGUUAGAUAGUUUGGUCCACGGUGUCUUUCCUCAAGUACAACAAAUGUUGAAAGAGAACAGUGGGAAGCCAUUCGAUCCAAAGCUAAUGAUCACCCUAACCCUUUACAAUAUGUUCUCCAAAAUGUGCUUCAAUGAAAGUUAUGACUUCAGUGAUCCCCGGAUGAUGGAGUAUAUUGAUAUGUCUCAGGAGCUGGCUGAGAAGGUCGGGUUUGGUCUGGUUGCGGACUACUUCCCUUGGGCCAGGUUCAUGUCAUUUGGUGGAGCCAGAUACAUCCGGAAAAUGAAGCAGAAGUACAUGGAGUGGACGUCGCCUCAGCUUCAGCGUCAUCGCGAGACCUUAAAUCAAGAUAAUGCUCGGGAUUUCUGUGACCUAAUGCUUUUAGCCCAGAUGAAAGCCAAGGAGAGCGAUGAAGACAGGGAAAUAUCAAAGAAUUUGUCCGACACCCACUUAGCCCAAACAGUCAACGAUAUCUUUUUAGCUGGAAUAGAGACAUCGAUGCAAAGACUUUAUUGGGCAAUCGCUCUGAUGACCGAGCACCCUGAUAUCCAGGCUAAAAUACAACAUGAAAUCGACGUCGAGAUCGGGCCUGGUCGUUACCCGGUCAUCGGCGAUCGCGGUAAGCUUCCUUACACGGAAGCCACACUGUAUGAAAUGAUACGAUAUAGCACCGUAGGACCUGUCGGAGUACCCCAUUCAACUAUGGUGGAUACCGAGUUCCGUGGCUUUCUUAUACCAAAGGACACGAUCAUUCUUCUAAACCAAUACUCGAUGCACUUCGAUGAAAGGGAAUGGAAAGACCCUUAUUCAUUUCUACCAGAGCACUUCCUGGAUGAGAGCGGGACAACUCGUCAACAUCCAUCGAGCUUUCAACCCUUCGGCACCGGUCGUCGUAGUUGUCUUGGAGAAGCUGUUGCUAAGGCCGAUCUAUUCCUCAUCUUCACAUGGCUCAUGCAGAACUAUACCUUUCGGAAAGUUCCCGGAUGCUCUGGGAAGUGCCUCCUGAAGCUCCUCCCCGAGACGGCUGCAGGGCGAGUUCUGCAAAGUUACGAGAUUCUUAUCGAGGAGAGAUAGGAUAGGACGUAAGAUCGGAAUUCUCCUGAUGAUGAUAUAGGCCUGAACUGCGUUAACAACCUCCGAAUUCCUUUAAUGUUAAAAGUGUAUGUAGUGUUCUGAUUUAAUGUAAGGAACAUUAAUAUCACAUUCAAAUUCUAACGCCUUCUUAAAACGGCAUUUUAUCUUGGAUAUGAUGGAAGGUUUAUGAUAUUAAGAAAAAUGUAAUGAAAAAUAAUAUUUCCAAGGGAUCAUCGGUAAAUUUAACUAUAAGUGUGUAAUGCACUACAAUGCAAUUGCGUUAGCAAAUAUGAAUUUACUGCAUCCAUCGUUAUCACAAAACUAGCUCAUUUUAAUCAUGUUGUUUUCUUUUGAAUAUUUGAUAUUUGUAUGCCAUGAACUUGUCUUCACACAUUUUGUUAUUUUAUACGAUUCUGGAUAUGAUGGAAAGUUCAUCUUAACAAACCUAUGAAGAUAAAUCAACUUUAUGUCCAAGGGAACAAUGGUGUUUUCAGACACAGUCGUGCAAUGCAUUAUAAUACAAUCGCGUUAGCAAAAUAAAGUGUAAAGGUCUGAUGAUAAACAUCCGACCAUUCUUAUCAUAAAAUCAGCUCGUAUUAUUCAUGAUGGUUCUUAAAUAUACAAUUGUGAUAGAAUAAAGAGUGACAUUCACACUCUUA